GAUAUCCCAACAGAUAUGCAUUACACGCGUUUGCAUCAUGUCGGUUUGUUAAGGCUAGGCUUAUCCGUUUAUGGGCAGGUCCAAGAUUUAUUCUACUAAUUAAUACUAUGUUGUUGAUGAUGAUGAUGGUUCACCAAAAAUUAAAAAAAGAAGUGGGUGGUUCUCCAUGGAUAAUGCAGGGCCCGUGCUGGUGGGUAGGUAUUUCGUGGAUUGGACAUGGCGUUCUGGGCUUUUCAUGCUUGGACCCUAUGACGCAAUUGGGCUGCAUGGAGGUUUAUGGGCUAUUCUAUUGUGCUAUGCAUGGAUUGCAGUUGCACUAUGGUGUAGCUUGCUCUGGGUGUGAAAAGGGGAAAAUUUAGUCACACCCCAUUUUUUAUUGUGCAUACCCCGACUAUGGUUGACUUUGUGUUGACCGUGUAUAUUUUUAGGGUUGAGCUCAUCACACCCCGUAAAAAAGCUUUGUAAAGUUGCACAAAAACACUCUGUUUUCCUCCUUCACCACGGGAAGGCUUGUGACGCCGUGGAGGACGGAAGGGCUCACAUUCAACUAUAUGAAGUUGCUGCUACUUGGGUGAUCAACAUUGUUGACAAUGGUGGGUAUUUCGGCUUUGAGUUUGUUGAGUUCGUUGUCUAGGUCUUCUUCAAUUUUUGGGAAAACUGGGCAAUAUGUUGCUUCGAAAUGUUUAGGGCUUAGGUUUCUUUCAUUUCGUGGUUGCAAGAGAGUGAAUCUGUUGAAGCAGAGGUGAACCAUGACACUGCCCUAGUAUUCACGACUGAUUUGAUAUUUGAUAGCAAAGAAAUGGUGAUUGAAUGGGCAAGAAAGACGGGGCGUUCUAAUGGAGUGGUGGUUAUUGUCCUGAGGUCUGAUAUCAAUGAUGUUAAUAGAACCCCUAGGAUUAUUAUGGGAUGUGAGAGGAGUGGUACAUAUAGAGAGAGAAAAGACAAUGGAAAGUCCAAACAGGGUGUGAAGAAAAGGAAGUCUUCAACAAAGAAAUGUGAUUGUCAAUUUCGGUUGAAAGCGUCAAUGGUUGACACAAUUACAAAGAAAUGGGCAUUGCAUGUGCAGAAUAGCCAUCACAACCAUGAACUCAUGAAGUCAGCUGAGGGGCAUAGCUUUAUCGGGAGGCUUACUGAAGAGGAAAAGGUUAUUGUUGAAAGACUUGGGAAGACUGGAGUGAGGACCAGAGAAAUCCUUCAACAAAUCAAAUUGAAUGAUACUACAAAUGCUUCUACCAUGAGGACAAUCUACAAUGUCAGAAGUAGUUUGAAGAUAAAGGAGAUGGCUGGUAGGAUACAUAUGCAGCAACUGUUUAAACUGUUAACAAAACUCCGGUAUGUCAUGAAGCAUCGUAGCGAGCCUACGACGAAUGUGGUUCAGGAUUUAUUCUAGGCAUACUCUCCUUCUAUUCAAUUGGCCAAGGCAUUUCCAUAUGUUUAUAUGCUUGACUGUACUUAUAAGACUAACAAGUAUCGACUGCCUUUGCUUGAGAUUGUUGGGGUGACCACUACAGAUAAGACGUUUGCUCUGGCAUUUUGUUAUAUGCAUUCAGAUAAGGAAGACAAUUAUGAAUAGGCAUUGAAUUGUUUGAAAGAAUUGUUUGAUGUUGAACAACUUCUAGGAGUCUUUGUGAUGGACCGUGAGCUGGCUUUGAUGAAUGUUGUGAAGCAGGUAUUCCCAUUUGCAAAUUGUAUGUUGUGUUGUGUUCAUAUUGAGAGAAAUAUACUUAGUAAGUGUGUAGGAUUCUUUAAAAGGAAAGCUGAUUUUGAUGAGUUUAUGUUACAAUGGGCUAAGGUUAUGCACUCACCUACAAUGGAGGAUUAUGAGAACAAUAUUAACCAGUUGAUUCAAACUUUUAAGGAAUGGCCAGCUGCACUAACCUAUGUUUUUUGAGUCAUGGUUGACAAAUUACAAAGAGUUGUUUGUUUCAUAUUGGAUUGAUAAGUUCUUGCAUCUGGGAAACACAUCUACUAAUCGUGUUGAAGGCAGCCAUGCAAAGUUAAAGAGACAUUUGACUAACUCUGUGCAUGGUUUUGUUACAUCUCUUGAAACCAUUCAUUUGCUUUUGCAGGGUCAGCUACUUGACAUUACUGCAUCAUUUGAAGAUAGCUUGACAAGAGUGCCACCGAGAUUUAGAAAUAAUUUGUAUAGGCAGCUGGUUGGAGUUGUAUCAACUACAGCAUUGGAGAAGAUAGAGACUGAGGUACUUGUAGCUCAGAAAAUGGGAGUGGAUCCAACUGCUUGCAAUCACAAGAACUUACAAACUCUUGGCUUACCUUGUGCACACAUGAUUGGGGCAUAUCUACUGGAGGGAAGGGGCAUAUCUACUGGAGGGAAGGAGCAUACCCGUGAAUGAUGUGCACAACAUAUGGAAGAAAUUAAAUUUAACUUCCCAAGUGAAAGAUGCAGGGCAAGGAGUCACAAUAGACACAAAGAUUGAGGGAAUUUGGAAGAGAUUCAGCAUUUGCAGUCUUCCUCAUAAGCUUGAUAUGAAGAAACAGUUGGCACUUCUUGCCAAACCAAUGACAUCAGAUGCAUUAGAGCCAACCAAAAAGGUAUAUUUGAGGGGAAGAAAACAGCGUGCCAAGAAGCCAAGAUUAACUCCAACUAAAGACACAACUCGUGAACCUUCUACCUUUGAACAUGCUCUUGAAAAGCUUGUUUUUGAAGAUGUUUCAUGCACACAAUUGUCACAGGUAUUUGCUAUUAGUUCAAAUGCUAUGAAGAUGAAAAUCCAUCGCACUAGAAAGCCAAAUACUACUAAUUAGGUGACUAGAUUCCCAGAUUUUUUGCGUCCUCAUAUUACACAUGUGACUGAUGUGCCAGGGGAUGGUCAUUGUGGUUACAGAGUCAUUGCCAGCUAUCUUGGUUUAGGUGAUGAUGGUUGGAAGAAGGUGUGCCUUGACCUGUUACAAGAUUUGAAGAACAAUCAUGCUAAGUACAAUAAGGUCUUAUCUCCCUUGACCUCAACUGAAGAACUCACUGCUAGUGUGGAUUGUAUGGGCACUUUUGCAGAUGUGAAGCACUGGAUGACUAUGCCCAGCAUGGGCAAUGUCAUUUCAUCUUGCUACAAAAUUGCAGUUGUUCAUAUAUCAGACGUUCAAUGUCUAACUUUCUUUCCAUUAAGAGAUCCGCCACCAUUUGAGGCCAACAAUGACAUUCUCACAAUCGGAUAUAUCAAUGGAUCUCAUUUUGUCAGGCUUGAGUUAACUACUGAUUCACCCUUACCUCCAGUGUCCAAGAUUUGGCUUCAGUAUAGUCAUCGGACGGCUAGACAUUGGAUUACACAAUAUACUUCAAGGAUUGACAAGUUCAAAAGCAUCAUGAGUGCAGGGAAGACAAACAUGGCUACAGUUGAGAUCAUUGCUUGAUCAUUUUCCUUCUAUUAUGCUGUGAUUUUGUUGUAUUUGGCAAGUUGUGCCCUGUUUUUGUAGUUAAAAUGAAGUAAAUUCCCCUGUUUUUGUCUCUGUUUUGUGCACUGGGGUGCAGUUGUAAAAAGUUGCUAUUUAGGUGUACUUAUAAAAAUUUAAUUUUUUGGGGUACUGUUAACAGGGGGUGUCUUUAUAAAAAAAAAUAGAGUGUGACUAAAGCUCUCCUGUGAAAAGGCUGGCUUGUUGGGCUUCUCUUGGGCCUUUAAGGUUGCAACAAUUCAAAUGUGGGCUUCUGUUAAUCAGCAGGCCAUAUAUUACUACCUUUUGUCACUGGACCAUGUGAAAGGUUCCAGUAAAAGGAUGCGGGUUUGUCGACUUUCAACCAGUGUUAAUGUGUACAAUGUAGGUCUCUUCUUUUAUUUUGGGCAAAGUCUACUUGAGAUAGUGUAGAGAUUUC